AUGGCGACAACAAAACCUAAAGAAGCACAGAACCCAUCCAGGACAAAACCGCUCAUCACCAGCCACGACCACAACCAGAACCAGAGGAUCACAAAGCAAACUGGUGAUAAAGACAAGUCAUCAUCGUCAACCUGUAGCUCAACAGAGAAGCAUAUCCCAAACUACCUCCGCCCCACCAUAAGCUCCCGCCCUGAGCCUCUCAAGCAACAAACUGGUAAGAAAAAUGUCCUUGAAGAGCAAAAGCUUGUAAGAAGAAGAUCAUUUGACAGGCCUCUUUCGUCUACUCCACGUGCGCAAAAAGCACUCAUCUCUCCUGUUCCAAGAGACAGGUCAUCUGUUUCUUGUCGGGACAAGAUGGUUGCUGGCCUCCGAUCUUCUUCUUUUCCUGAAGAAAAAGUUGUCGACAUUACCAACCAGGAGGAAGCAAAGAAAGAGGGUCCCAUCAAGCUAGAUGAAGGCAGUACUGACCCUGAUCACCUGACAUCUGAGUAUUCAUCAAAAGAGGUUAAAAUUGAUAAGGUUGAGGAUAUAAACAAAGAGGCAGAAGUACAUGAAAGUGAUGAAAGGGUGGAUGACCAUGAGGAGGGGGAUGAGGAGCAGAAUCAUAAUGAAGAAGAAGGAAUGUGCAGGCAAGAGAUAGUUAAGUCGGAUGAGGGUAGCGUUGAGGAAGAUGUAAAGGGAGGUGAUGAAAUAGGAAAGCAAGCAGUAGGUGGAGGACAAGGGAAGAAGGAGUCACCAAUAGCAUAUAAUAAUGUGAUUGAAGAGACAGCAAGUAAGCUGCUGGAGAAGAGGAAGAACAAGGUGAAAGCUCUGGUUGGUGCAUUCGAGACCGUCAUUGAUUAUGAAACAGCCGCCUCCAAAUAA